AUGAGCCAGCCUCCAAUCGAGGAUAUUGUCAGGCAAGUUGCGGAAGCCUUUAGGGCAGCUUUCCCUCAGUCAACAAUGCCUCAGCAGCAGUCGCAGCAGCCGCCGCAAACCCGCGGAAGAUCAGACACAAGACCAGUGGCUUCCAGACCCGCAGAUUCGCCAUGCCAGCACACGGUGUCAAGCGCGCUGAUGGAAUUGAUGACUGACCCGCAUAUGUGCCCAGAGUGUACCAUGGCCGGCCAUAUCAAAGCUACCCAAGACGUACAGCGCGACUUUGCCGAUCGCGGAGGUGCUUUUGCAUCAAAGGAUAUGGCCCACCACAAAACGCUCCGGCAACGAUGGCGGAAAGUAAAGAUCCCAGCGAUGAGUGCAUUGACCUAUUAUGAAGAGUUGCUACUCUGUCCGAGAUUGUCCGCAGAUGAUGUGCGCCAGCUCAAGAAUGCUCUGGAUCUCUGGGAGAAGAAGAAGGUUGCGCUCACGAGGGUCCCCGGUAUGGAGUAUGUCCCAGGGGCGGAAGAAGACGAGCCGACUGACGAGGAGCACCAAGUUGCGCGACUCAUGAUGGAGCUUCUGAAGAUGGUGCUGGACAAGGAGAUGACUGAUGAAGACAAGAGAUCAUUGAAGAAGUCCAAGAAGAGCGAGAGCCGCCACGUUCGCACUCGUGGAGGAGCGUCCAUCAUCAAAGGAUGUGCGGAGACACAGAAAGACGCAAGCCCGCAGUCUCCAACACCCUCGACAGACUCCCGGAGCAACCCAACCCAUCCAUUGACUGGAGUUCCCCACAACUGCAAUGAUUCAGGAUCACUCAAAUCUAUCCUCAAGCGCAAAGCCAGCUCACCAGCUCUCUCCAACGCCGAAAAGCGCCUCCGCGUCACCCCCACGGUAACCGUAUCCGCUCCACAUCUCAACACCACCAACCCAUCGCCAUUCAUCAAGCUCGCGUCCACGUCCACAUCUCAGCCUCACAACAAACACGCGUUUGUCGCCCACAGACGAUCUAGGCGGGCGUUUAAGCGGGGCACUCCGCACCACACAGCGGGUGCGUGGGCGUCGGGGGCGGAUGAGGAUAAGGCCGAGACAAGCGGACUCAGGAGAAGCUGGGCGGACUUUGAGAGCGAUGUUGAGCGGGAGAUGGAGGAAGAGCGAGAGGAGAAGGCAAUGGUAGCAGAACUGGGAGUUGUUGCGGGUGCUUGGAUGGGAGUGUGGUGGGUGAGGAGAGUUCUGGGUGGCUUGGAUUUGAGGUUGAUGAGGGAAAGGGUAGAGGGCGGUUAA